AUGCCAUGGACGGGCCCGGGAACAAAGGGAUCUUCAGCGAGGAGAGUCAUUCUGCAAGCCUCGACUGGCGUGGCUGCCCUGAGUGCCGGGGCCUUUGUAGAGAUAUCGCAAACGGACAACAAUGGCACCGAACAAACGGGCGAAAACCGAAUGUUGGAGGUUUCCCGCGAGGAGAUGCGUAAAGCUGUUGGCGACCACGAAACGGGACUGCUGAGGGUGGCGCACAAGGCUGUCCUCUUCUUUGAUCUGUAUGUGUGGGAGCCGGUCUGCACGGGCUUUCGCUUUCUGCACCUCCUCGCCAUCUUCGUGCCCGUCAUAAUCACGGUUCCGGCCAUUUGGAUUGGUAAACGGCGCCCCGAGCGUGAUAACGAACGAAGCGGCACGCUUUGGUGGUACGAAUUUCUAGUCAAGGCGAUGGAACUCGCGGGCCCUGCCUUCAUCAAGCUGGGACAAUGGGCGGCAUCCCGAACAGACAUCUUCCCCAAUGAGAUGUGUGACACCAUGUCGAAGCUUCACUCCAAUGCGCCGGCACACUCCAUGCACGCAACUCGCAGGACCGUCUCGGCAGCAUUCGGUGGGCGCGAUUUUAACGACAUUUUUGAUGAAUUUGACGAGAAGCCCCUGGGCGUGGGAGCCAUUGCGCAAGUCUACAAGGCCAAGCUCAAACCCGAACUCGCCACGUCAAAGGGCGGCAUGAACGGCUCCGAGGGAUACGGUGGAUUGUCAGAAAACGUCCGUCGAAACGUCGAAACGGUGCUCAAAAGCUCACCCAAGCGCGUCCCCUCAUCGUACGUGGCCGUCAAAGUCCUCCACCCCCGAGUAGAGAGAAUAGUCCGCCGCGACCUGAAGAUUAUGCACUUCUUCGCAUCCAUCCUCAAUGCCAUCCCGACAAUCGAAUGGCUCUCCCUGCCCGGCGAAGUAGCUCAGUUUGGCGAAAUGAUGAAGCUCCAGCUCGACUUGCGCAUCGAAGCUGCCAACCUCGAGAGGUUCCGUCGCAACUUCAAAGACCGCACAACCGCCUCAUUCCCCUACCCCUACACCGACUUCACGACGCGCAACGUGCUCAUAGAAGAGUUCGCCCAGGGCAUCCCGCUCGCCGACUUCAUGGAAAACGGCGGCGGCGUUUUCCAGCACGACAUUGCCGACGAGGGCCUCGACGCCUUCCUCCGCAUGCUCCUCCUGGAUAACUUUGUCCACGCAGACCUCCACCCGGGCAACAUCAUGGUGCGCUUCUAUCAGGCCGCCCAGCCCGAGCUCCGCCUGCUCAAGAAGCCAGACCGCAACGCGCACGACCAAGAGGCGGACGUGACGGAAAAGGUCCUCGAGCGCCUCCGCCCCUUCAGACGCCGCAAGAACAAGGCCGCCUGGGAAGCCGAGCUGGCCAAGAUCGACGCGGAAGGGUACCGGCCGCAACUCAUCUUCAUCGACACGGGCCUCGUGACCGAACUCAACGCCACCAACCGCGCCAACUUCCUCGACCUCUUCCGAGCCGUCGCCGAAUUCGACGGCUACAAGGCCGGCCACCUCAUGUGCGAGCGCUGCCGCCAACCCGAGGCUGUCCUGGAAAAGGAGGUGUUUGCCCUCAAAAUGCAGCACCUCGUCCUCGGCGUCAAGUCCCGCACGCUGGCGCUGGGAAACGUCAAAAUCGGCGAUAUCCUCCAACAGGUUCUCUCCAUGGUGCGCAACCACCACGUCCGUCUAGAGGGCGACUUUGUCAAUGUCGUCAUCAGCAUCCUCCUGCUUGAAGGGAUAGGCCGCAGCUUGAACCCAGAUGUGGACUUGCUGAGCAGCUCCUUGCCGAUCCUGCGCCAGCUGGGUACCCAGAGCGGCGCGACAAUGGCCAAGAGCGGCGAUUUCAGCGUCAUUCUGGUCUGGGCUGGUCUUGAGGCGAGAAAGUUCCUGCAGGCGAGUAUAGAAGAUGUUGAACGAUGUGUUAAAUAUGAUUUGCUUUCACCCAAUGUAUAA